AUGAGUUCGUUGAUACGAUCAGCAGCGGCUGAAGGUCUCGAGCUCUCGACGUCAUAUGAUGUCAAAUCUCGUCUUUCUUUCACGUCUCACGUCUCAAUCUCUUCACCUUCAUCUCGACAUUCUUCGAAUCUCGUUGCACCACAUUCUACACGACCACAUGAACUUCCAUUACGUUAUCAUUGGGCAAGUUAUUUACAAAAGCGUAGUGACUGGCUUAAACAUUGGGAAACAUAUUAUUUUGUAUUACGUGGUCAUUUUCUUUACUGCUAUUUGUCCGAAGAAGAUGCACGUCGACAGAAUGCUAAGUCGAAGAUUAAAAAGGGCAAGUUUGGGUUCUCUGAUCGUGUAUCACUUGUUAAAGCAUGGGAUGUUGAAGAAGUUGUAAAUGUCACUAUGAAUGGAUCAGUGGGGAUAACAACAUCAUCGACACCUGUGACUGGGUCUGCGUGUAGAUUUACUUUAGUCACGCGAAAAGGUCAUCAUCUUCAUUUUCGUACUACUUCACAGUGCAGCGACUACGCACGAAUAUCGAAGAUUUUUAUAAAGCCUAUGAGUAUUUCUAUACUGCACUUUGUGCUCGAGUUACGGCUGAUGAAAGGGGGAUCAAGUCUCACACUAUCACUUCCAAGCAAAAAAUCAGCAUCAUCGUUUCUAUCAUUUACUCCAAAUCAAUCGCUUACAAAAACUAAUGUAGUAGCUCCAAUGGAUCAUGCACUUGUUCGAUUCUUUUCGCUUUUAAAGUCAGAUGUGAUUGUACGGAGUAAUUAUCUCCCAAUGGUCCCGUUUGAAGGAAAAUUUCGUGGAUUUAGUGGUAUAUUGGAAUAUUUUACACGAUUAUCUCAGUCGGUACAAGUUGAACAAUUUCUUGUUGAAAGCAUUUGCAUCGAGCAAGACGAAGAGGAAACGUCCGAGUCCAAUCAUUGCCAUUCUCGAGCACGCAAUCGCGUCGUUAUUAUCUCUGGAAGAGAAACGAUGCAAGUGCGAUAUAAUCAAACAACUUUUGUACAACAAUGGACUCAUAAAUUGCAUUUUAAACCGAACGAUGGUGGUCGUGUGAGUCGAUGGGAAAUCUAUGGAGAUGUGGUGGCGUCUAGUGUUGUAUUUAAAGCUCCUGGUUGUACGACAAAUCUCACGUUGCCUUCAUUAGCGGAACGUAUUCGUGAGUCAGUUGUCGGAGGAUAUGUGGUGUCAAUUCAUCUAUACCAAAUCACGGACGUUCGGUCAAAAGAAUUGCAAGGCGACGAGUUUUUUGUACGAUGUUCACUAGACACUAAUGAAUUUGAAGGAGUUUGGCACACGGAAGCUCAGUCUCGAGCGGCUGCCCCGAUUGAAUGUACGACUGACUCCAAUGAAGUGACACUAUCGUGGUCGUACAAUUAUGACCAAGAGUUGUUUUUGCAAUUUGAUCGACUAUCGCGUGAUGAUAAUACAGUUUUACUAAUUGAAUGUUGUCGCUGCUCGAAUCACGAGGUAGUUGCUCGUACUCAUGUCAACCUUGCCAGCUUUCUCAACAAUAGCAAUCAAAGUUGUGGGUCUACAAAAUCUUCUAGUACUACUUCCAAUCGAUUAAUGGGGCGACGAAGUCGAAGUAAAGCAGAAAACGUUGUUUCACAUAGUGAUAAAUUACAGAGCUAUGUGUUGUCGAAUGAUCAUCAGAGUUUCUUUGGAAAACUGCAAUUACGAAUAACCAUUUCAUCCAUGUCACAACGUUCUCGAUCACAACGUGCUUCAUAUUCGAGUUUUCGACGUAGUUUUCGAAGUUCGUAUUCGGAUGAUAACAACACUGAAACACUUUUUCCUGAAAGUUCGUCUACAGCACGAGCGAGUUUUCGAUCAUUGACAAAACUGACACAUCACGUCUCAUUUCCUGGAGAAGAAGUGAUGCAUCAAUUUGUAAUUAAUGGUGUACGAUAUCAAUUGGCGGAAAAGUAUCGUAUGGUGAAGAUUGUUGGCAAAGGAACGUAUGGUGAAGUGAUUGCAGCCAGCGAUUUUGUACAUGGUGGUACACCAAGUCCCAUUAAACAUAGCAAAAACAGCCUGAACAGAACGCAAUUUUGGCAGGCGAGAGGACAUAAUGAUGGCGCACAGACGAAGGAGAUGCGAGCACUGGACACCAAAGAGGCUCGAAUUUGA